AUCAACUCAAUUCAAAGAAAAGGCUUCUAUUCCACUCAACCUCUCUCUCUCUCUCUGCAAUGGACGAAGCUUUUUCAUGCCGUCUCUUCUCCAAGCGUUCAAUCCUCCUAUGUGUUGUUUUACUUAUCUUCCCUUUCAUUGCCUUACAUGGGGGUGCUUGGAAAGCCCCCUUCCACCCCAGGGACAUCAUUCCCUUGCUCCCCAGGCAAGUAUCCUGGCCGUUGAUCAACUCUCUCAACAGUGCUGUCGAUCUCCUCCCUUCUUUCGUCGGGGCCGCUCCCGCUUCUUCGAACGCUCCUCUAGAGUGGAAGGGAGCCUGCUUUUACAACAACACGGCGUGGAUGGAAUUCAACAAUAAGAGCAAGACCCAGUUCGGCGGUGGAACUCUUCAUCUCAAGACGAGCAAAGCACAUAGUUGGACGUGUAUAGAUCUUUAUGUCUUUGCAACUCCAUACCGUGUGACUUGGGAUUACUACUUUCUUGCUCGGGACCACACCCUUGAGUUUGACAAGUGGGAAGGAGAAGCAGAGCUUGAAUAUGUGAAACAUAACGGAGUUUCUAUCUUCCUCAUGGAGUCAGGGAUGCUGGGGACCCUUCGAGCACUGUGGGAUGUCUUUCCUUUAUUUUCGAAUACAGGUUGGGGCGAGAAUUCGAACCUGGCUUUCCUUGAGAAGCAUAUGGGAGCAUCAUUCGAAGUGCGUCCUCAGCCGUGGGUAACCAACAUCAGUGUCGAUGAUAUUCACUCAGGAGAUUUCUUGGUGUUAUCAAAAAUUCGUGGGCGGUGGGGUGGUUUUGAGACUUUGGAGAAGUGGGUUACUGGAGCUUAUGCAGGUCAUACUGCAGUUUGCUUGAAGGAUUCCGAAGGAAAACUUUGGGUUGGAGAAUCUGGGCAUGAAAAUGAUGAGGGGGAAGACAUUAUUGCUAUGUUGCCAUGGGAUGAAUGGUGGAACUUUGAGCUGACUAAAGAUGAUGCUAAUCCUCAGAUUGCAUUGCUUCCCUUGCAUCCUGACAUUCGGGCCAUAUUUAAUGCAACUGCAGCUUGGGAGUAUGCAAAAAGCAUGGAUGGAAUGCCAUAUGGUUACCAUAACCUGAUAUUUAGCUGGAUAGACACCACAAACGGGAACUACCCACCACCCUUGGAUGCCCACUUGGUUGCUUCUGUUAUGACCAUGUGGACUAAUAUCCAGCCAGCAUACGCUGCUAACAUGUGGAAUGAAGCCCUCAACAAGCGACUCGGAACUCAGGGCCUGAAUCUGCCUGAAGUUCUAGUUGAAACAGAACGCCGCGGUGUUACUUUUGAUCGAUUGCUGGCUAUACCUGAACAGGAUGAUUGGCUUUAUACUGAUGGAUAUUCAACAUCUUGUGUGGCCUUCGUUCUUGAAAUGUACAAGCAGGCAGGGCUGUUUGAUCCGAUUUCCAGCUCCAUUCAAGUCACAGAGUUCACAAUAAAAGACGCUUAUACCCUCAAGUUUUUUGAAGACGACAUGAGCCGCCUGCCGGUAUGGUGCAACCAAGGCGACGAUGUGAAGCUGCCUUUCUGUCAAAUAAAGGGGAAGUAUCGGAUGGAAUUGCCGGAAUACAACACCAUAUUGCCAUACGCCCACAUGAAUGAGAGGUGCCCGUCUCUCCCCCCAAAAUACACUAGAACGGAAGGCUGUUAAGCUGCUUUUCAAUCCUCUUGGAAUUCUUGUCAUAUGGCGACUGAGGCAGUUAUGUAUAGUUGUAGUGAUGUUAGUUAUAUUACUGUGCAUGAAUCGUCUAGUGUACAGAUUUGGUGGGCCACUUGUAAAUCUGUAUUCUCAGAAAAUAUGUAGUAAAGCAAAAGAACUGUUAUCCGGUGAAGUUUAAUUUGACUGAUAGACGAUUUAGGUGAAUGGGAAAUGAGAGAAGUUAUGAGAA